AUGACUGAUGAUUACCUAUCAUCGCCUACAUUGGCGGACAUUGUUGAAGCUAUCGAUGAAUCACGACAACUGAUCAGUGAUCUAACAAAGGUGGUUGACGAUGAAAUGCAGGCCAACCCUACGCGUGAAGUGGGAGUAGAUGAAGUGGGACAGCUAUCGCCGGACGAAGUAGAUGUUGUAGUAGACGAAGUAGAUGUUGUAGUUGACGAAGUAGAUGUUGUAGUUGACGAAGUAGAUGUAGUUGACGAAGUAGAUAAAGUACAAGCAAAAACCCCUGAGCCCAAACUUAAGUUUAGAUGA